AUGGCAGAUGUUUAUGCUGAUCAUCCGUUUCCCCUCACUGCGUCUCCGGCGUAUGAGGGGAAGAAGCUCUCGAAAGCCUUCGAGCCCGAUAUGUUCGAGCGUGUCGCUGGCGAGAUGGCGUGCGUUCAUAACAUGAUCGUCCGCGGCCUCAACUCGAUAUACCUCCAAGCACCACAUAUCCCAUUGCCGGAGGUGCCAGCUUUCAUUCAGUAUAGCUUGAUAUGGUAUAAAUUGGUGCAUCUGCACCAUUCGUGUGAAGAAUCCGACUUCUUCCAGACGAUUUCUGGCGAAACGGGCAUCAUGAGUGGAAACGUAGAACAGCACCAUGCCUUCCAAGAAGAGCUCGUCACAUUCUAUCUCUAUCUCAAAGAAUGCGCCAAUGACCCAACUCAGUUCUCGGGGAACAGGAUUCUGUCCUCGAUUGACUCUUUCGGCAGAGUGUGGUGCAACACCUUACCGAGGAGAUUCCAACGAUCGUUGGUUUACAAAGGUUUGGCGUCCAGAAGAUGGGGCAACUGGAGACCGGAUUUUCUGAAGACGGCAAGAAGAACAUGGUUCGUAUGCCUGUUGCGGUACUGUCGUCACCCAAGACUGAAGUGUCUCAAACAGGAAGAAAUGGGCCUUGUGGCCGGAUUACCCUGGUGCUUCUCAAACCAUGACAUUGCUUUCGAAGAAGGAAAUUGGUCAAAGUGGCCUCCUGCGCCAGGAGUUGUCAAGUUCAUCUGUAGAAGUGUCGACUUCUGGUUGCACAGAGACUGGUGGAAGUUUGCCGCAUGCGAUAGGCAUGGGCGACAGAGGCCACUACGGUUUGUGCCCAGGCCCAAGCCUGCUGGAUAG